GGAGAAUCUGGUUAUUUUUAUCACCGGCGAUGAAAAGGCCACUGGGUUCGAGGCUUUUUCCGUUCAGUCCGUCUCUUCGUUGGCUCUCUUCUCGGAUAUUCUGUCUUCUCUCGGUUUUCAGGAAGGAUAAAAGAAAUGGCCCUGCUUUCCGUACGAUUCGCCUCGGCUUUCGCCAGGCAGAUUCCGUCGUCCGUUCCUCAGGUAGCUACUAUCUCUAGACCAGCAAAACAAAUAGCUAGCCGAGCCUUACAUGUAUCCUGUUCGAAAAGAGCAGCAGAGCUCUCCUCUAUUCUCGAAGAACGUAUUUUGGGAGCUGCCCCAAAGACCGACUUGGAGGAAACUGGACGUGUUUUGAGCAUUGGUGAUGGUAUUGCUCGUGUCUACGGUCUCAAUAACAUUCAAGCCGAUGAAAUGGUGGAAUUUUCAUCUGGUCUCAAGGGCAUGGCCUUGAACUUGGAGCCUGACAAUGUUGGUGUUGUCGUGUUUGGUAAUGACAAACUUAUUAAGGAAGGUGAUAUUGUCAAACGAACAGGUGCCAUUGUUGACGUUCCUGUGGGAGAAGACCUUUUGGGAAGAGCUGUUGAUGCUUUGGGUACACCGAUUGAUGGCAAAGGACCUUUUACAUCAAAAUUAAGAUCAAGAGUAGGUGUCAAAGCCCCUGGUAUCAUUCCUCGUAUUUCUGUACGGGAGCCCAUGCAGACCGGAAUCAAAGCUGUAGAUUCACUUGUACCCAUUGGUAGAGGUCAGCGAGAACUGAUCAUCGGUGACAGACAGACUGGUAAAACCGCUUUGGCUAUUGAUACUAUCAUCAACCAGAAGAGGUUUAACGACGCUCAGGAUGAAAAGAAAAAAUUGUACUGCAUUUACGUUGCUAUCGGGCAGAAAAGAUCUACAGUUGCUCAAAUUGUGAAGAGGCUCACAGAUACUGGAGCCAUGAAGUACACAAUCAUCGUCGCUGCUACUGCUUCUGACGCUGCCCCAUUGCAAUACCUCGCUCCUUAUUCAGGAUGCGCCAUGGGUGAAUUUUUCAGAGAUAAUGGCAAACACGCUUUGAUCAUUUAUGACGAUUUGUCCAAGCAAGCUGUAGCUUAUCGUCAGAUGUCCCUUCUUUUGAGGAGACCUCCAGGUCGUGAGGCUUAUCCCGGUGACGUCUUUUACUUGCACUCUCGUCUGCUGGAAAGAGCAGCCAAGAUGAACGAUACUCAUGGUGGAGGUUCCCUCACUGCCUUACCCGUUAUUGAAACACAGGCAGGUGAUGUAUCUGCUUACAUUCCGACAAAUGUCAUUUCUAUCACAGACGGGCAAAUUUUCCUUGAAACUGAAUUGUUCUACAAAGGUAUUAGGCCAGCCAUUAACGUAGGAUUGUCCGUCUCUAGAGUAGGUUCUGCUGCACAGACCAAGGCCAUGAAACAGGUCGCCGGUUCAAUGAAACUGGAACUUGCCCAAUACCGAGAAGUUGCUGCUUUUGCACAGUUCGGUUCUGAUUUAGAUGCUGCAACUCAACAGCUGCUUAACCGAGGAGUCCGUCUUACAGAACUUUUGAAACAAGGGCAAUAUGUUCCGAUGGCUAUUGAAGAACAAGUAGUUGUAAUUUAUUGUGGUGUCAGAGGUUUCUUGGACAAACUUGACCCUGCAAAGAUCACUUCUUUUGAAAAGGAAUUCCUUCAACACGUUAAGACUUCCCACCAAGAUGUGCUGUCCUCGAUUGCAAAAGAAGGUAAAAUUACCGAUGAGACCGACGCUAAACUUAAAGGAAUUGUAACAUCUUUCUUGAGCGGCUUUACUGCCUAAAUCACAAAAAAAGGUAGUUUUUUUAUGGUUUCAAACAAGUCUUACAACGUGCCGAGCCCAGCAAAUGUACAUUGAAUAUUCUAUAAAGUUCAUUCCUGCAAUUGGCUCGCUCGAUAGUAGCUCAUCACUAAGUAAUCUGUAAACAACAACUCUACUGUUAUAUAUUGUGUAAUUAAUAUUUCCAGCAGUUGUAUUACAUGCCUGUAAUAAAUUUCGUUAAUAAAGAAAAGAAAGACUUACAUUUA